GUCUUAAAAUCGAGAACAACUUUCUUUACGGUUGAGGAAGUGAUUCUAGAACGCAAGAUGUACUAUCUGAGCAACGAGCCAGCCGCACAUUCCUCUCCUGGAAACACCGCCCCUCGGGAGGUGCACUCAUCCACCUUGGAGCUGAAGACGGUGUCUAUAAAUCCGGAUGAUACCUACACUGUUCAGCAGGCGAUCAAUGCCUUCGGUUUCGGAUGGUUUCACGUGAAACUGUCGCUCUUGGUGGGCCUUUGCUGGAUGUCCGACUCCAUGGAAAUGGCCAUCCUGAGCAUCUUGGGUCCGGCUCUGUUCUGUGAGUGGAAUGUCACCAAAUUCCAGCAAGCAUCCGUCACUACGGUUGUGUUUUUGGGCAUGAUGUUGAGUUCCAGUUUUUGGACGCAGCUGAGCAACAGAUAUGGCCGAAAGUCGGCCCUCACCUUGUUUGGAGUACUAUUGGUUCUGUACAGCAUUCUGAGCUCGGUGGCUCCCAGUUACGCCUGGCUCUUGACCCUCAGGGGUCUCGUGGGCUUUGCCAUCGGCUGCGUUCCACAGUCAGUUACCUUGUACGCGGAGUUUCUGCCCACCAAACACAAGGGAAAGUGCGUCGUAUUGAUGGACUGCUUCUGGGCCCUGGGAGCUUGCUUUGAAGUGGUCUUGGCCCUGGUCGUCUACCCCUAUUACGGAUGGCGUGGUCUCUUGGCUCUUUCGGCUACACCCCUACUGAUUUUCACCAUCCUAUCACCGUGGCUCAGCGAAUCCGCUCGCUAUUACUCCUACAACGGGCACAAUGACAAGGCCAUUAAGGUUCUGGAGCAGAUUGCUCAUAACAACAAGCGCCAUAUGCUCAUGGGUCGCCUGAUGGCCGACGACGAGCCCAGUUCCUCGGAGAGCUUCAGAUCACUGCUCAGCCCGAGUCUGUACAGGACGACCAUCCUACUGUGGUUCCUAUGGCUGGCCUCGGCCUUCUGCUACUACGGCUUGGUGCUGGUUACGACGGAGCUGCUGGUGGCCAGGAACAAGGAAAGCCAUCCCAAUGAGUGCGUGACCUUCAUGACCGCCGACUUUAUGGACCUGCUGUGGAUCACUCUGUCAGAAUUUCCCGGGAUAUUGCUGACCAUCAAGGUGGUCAAGCUGUUUGGCAAGAAGAAAACCAUUGUCCUGCAGUAUCUGCUCCUGGUACUGUGCACCUUGGUCUUGAUGUCGGUGGAAAGUCGCUUCUCAACUUCCGUGACUCUCUUCAUUGCGCGAGGCACGAUAUCCGGCAUCUUCCAGGCCAUUUACGUGUACACUCCGGAAAUUUACCCCGCCGCCCUGAGAUCCGUGGGAGUUUCGGGCUGUUCCGUGCUGGCCAGACUCGGCGCCAUGCUGACCCCCUUUGUGGCGCAGGUGCUGAUGGACUCAUCCAGGGUGCAAGCCAUGUCCACAUACGCAAUCGUGGGCCUGCUGGCCUCCAUAGCCUGCUUCUUCCUGCCCAGGGAAACUGUUGGCUACCACUGAUUGCACUGAUACUGUAACUUAUUAACUUAUUACUACCAUUAAACCCAUUAGUCCCUAGAA